GGCCUUACUCUCUGCCCUCUGGAAGCUACAGCUGAUCUCAUUCUGAUAACAAAAUUAGUAUUAUCUCUGUGAGUAAUAUUUUUGCUAUAUAAUAUACUUAGGUAUAUGCAUAUUAUUAUACAAACAAUACGUAAAGAGUUACUAUACCCGUCUUAUCUAAAAGUUGAAAUUGAUAAUAAUUGUGGUGGAUCACCGAAUCAAUAUAAUAUACACCUGGGGUGUUGCUGUCUACCGAGUGCUGAUAUGCAAUAUAGAUUAUAAUGCUAAAUGCACAUUGCCCAGUAUUUGACUUCCAGUCAGCGAUAUUUUACAUAAUAAUAUGUUAUAAUAAUUUCUCUAACCUCUAUAAUAUGUUGACUUUAUGACACGAUAAACGUAUGGUUUAUGGACGAUGAACCUUCGUUACAAAAUACAAAAAUUUCAGUUAGACCCUUUUGAAAUAAACCUUUGCGCGGGGAUUGUAGAUUUAUUUAACACUGCCUUAUCCUCAACUCAUUCAGAUGUUUUAUGUUGAUGAGUGUACAGAAAGUGCUGAAAAUGGUGAAAACAUUGCUGUCAAAUUAUAUGAACAGGAAUGGAAUUCACUAUUCAAUACCGCCAGUAUGGAUGAAUUGCGCAACAUUGCUAUUCAAGGGGAUUUGCGAGCGUCAAGGUUUAGAAGUGUAUGUUGGCGUAUAUUGUUAGAUAUAUUGCCAUUGGACUCGACUAAAUGGAUAUCGGUUAUAGAAAAACAUCGUUCACGGUAUGAACAUAUCAAACAGAAACAUUAUAAUGAUCCACACUCACAGGACACAGAACCCGAUGAUCCACUUUCACAAAGUGAUAGUAGUAUUUGGAAACAAUAUUUCAAAGACAUGGAGUUGAAAAAAUUAAUCAAACAAGAUGUGGUUAGGACGUCUCCGGGCAUUCAAUUUUUUCAAACGGAACGAAUACAAAACACAAUGGUCAACAUAUUAUUUUGCUAUUCUAGAGAACAUCCCGACUUGAGUUAUAGACAAGGAAUGCAUGAAAUUUUAGCACCAAUAUUAUUUGUCCUACAUUGUGAUCAUCAAGCGCUGCUUCAUGUCGUAGAACAAUCUUCUGAUGUUAGUGAUGUAAUACAACAAAUUUUGAACCCAUUACAUUUGGAAGCAGAUGCAUAUUCGCAGUUUAGUACUUUGAUGAAGGUUAUGAUAGACUAUUACACUAUUAACGAUAGUACACUAUUGUCGUCGGAAGACGAAUCGGAGACCAUAAAGAUUAGUUCUAAUACGGAAAGUGAAAUUGUUCGGAAACUAUUAAAAAUACGCGAUAGUAUGUUACCCAAGUAUGAUCCCGAAUUGCAUAAUCACCUUAUAAGACUCGACAUUGCGUUCACUACAUUUGGAAUCCGCUGGUUAAGAUUAUUAUUCGGUGGAGAAUUUUCAUUGAUGGAUUUGUUAGUAUUGUGGGAUGUUAUUUUUGCAAAAUCACCGCUACACUUUCAACUGAUAAAUCAUAUAUUUGUUGCGAUGUUAAUACUAUUACGGGUUCAGUUAUUGAAAAGUGAUAGCACUAGCUGUCUUACAUUUCUAAUGAAGUACCCACAUGUAGAUGUAACAUCGGUCAUUGAGUAUGCGCUUCACAUGUCCGAUCCUCAAAUCUAUCCAUUACCGUCCGUCAUCCAUUCUUUGAAGCACGACAAAAGGGAUAUCUCAAGAACGAAUUCAUUGGAAGAAGAACUUCAGAGGCCAUCACAGUUGGUAUAUUCGUCAAGAAGAAUGCGCAACUCCUCGGAGGAGUUGGUGGAACUUUGUAGAGUUAAGUUGUUACAAUAUCAUUCUAUUUUAAAUCCAGUUGUCGGUGAUCACCACAGAGAAGCUCGACAAGCAUUAAACGGAAUGUUGGAAUUGUGUGCCAUGCUAAGUACACAUUCUGGCAUUAUUGAAAUGGGUAAAGAUGUGGCAAGAAUCGCCUCUCCCGUCCAAGCCCCAAAUACUCCUGAUACUCCAGAUAGACCACAAUUACCUCCUCCCGCAUCUGCCAUUACUAUGAAAGUGUUCCGUAAAGUAGAAAGUUCUUCUAACUCGCUUAUAAGAGGGGCGCCGACAAAAAAUCCUCUCAAACAGAUGAAAAGAUAAACGCUGAAAAGACUUAAUUUUUAUAACCUUACUCUACAAAAAAAAAAAUGUAUGUGUUGAAUAAGUUAACGUUUGCCCUCUAAAAAUGAAGCUUAUGAGUUUCUAGUCUAAUUUAUCAAAUAUGUACCAAUUAUGAUAUUUUAAUUUGUCUGUGUAUUUGUAUAUAUUUUUUUUUUAGCAUAAUGUUUUACACUUA